AUGGGAGCUUCACCUGUUGAGAAGACGUUGACGUCGAUUGCAGAUGAUCACCAUAGUCUUCUCUCGGAUACCAUUGGAGAUGAAACACUUGCAAGAGAAUCCAAGUUGCAUAGUUAUGGAAGGAGCUUUAAUGGUUUUGUGGCAAAUUUGUUACCUCAUGAAGCAAAACAACUCUCACAUUUAUGCAAAAUAUUUGUUGCAGAUAAAGAAGGAGUUCUAUCAGUGUUCCCAAACACCAAACGUGAGCUUCACACAACCAGAUCAUGGGAUUUCCUUGGAAUGCCACUAGAGGGAACAAAAAGGAACCUAAAAGUCGAAAGCAAUCUCAUCAUUGGUGUUCUUGAUACCGGGGUAUGGCCUCUCUCUCCUAGCUUCGAUGACAAAGGCUACGGUCCUCCUCCUCCAAAAUGGAAGGGGAAAUGCGUUGUCGCUGGAAACUUCACAGGUUGCAACAACAAACUGAUUGGUGCACAAUAUUCCCACAUCAGUACAAAGCCCGACCAGAAGUUGUCACCUGUAGACCUGGAAGGCCAUGGAACCCACACGGCCUCAACGGCUGCAGGCAUCCCUGUGAAGAAUGCUAAUGUUUUCGGUAUUGGGAAAGGGACAGCAAGAGGUGGGGUGGACGCAGCACGUAUAGCAGCUUAUAAAGUAUGUUGGAGUGGUAGUUGUUCCGAGAUGGAUUUGUUAGCUGGAUUUGACAUGGCAAUCGCCGAUGGGGUUGAUGUAAUAUCAGUCUCCAUUGGUGGUACUCCUAGACAGUUAUUCCAAGAUUCAAUCGCAAUUGGAGCUUUUCACGCGAUGAAGAAGGGGGUCUUCGUUGCAUGCUCAGCAGGCAACGAAGGCCCCCAUCAGCUCACGGUGAAAAACAUAGCACCGUGGGUCACAACCGUCGCUGCAUCAAGUUCCGAUAGGCAGUUUGUAUCUGAUGUUAAGUUGGGCAACGGUCACACUAUCACGGGAAUUUCUCUUAAUACAUUUUCGCCAAGGAAGAAAAUGUAUCCCUUAAUAAGUGGUACCCUUGCAGCCAAUGCUAGUCAAAUAUACCGAAACGCAAGUGCUUGCGACUUUGACUCGUUGUCGGAUGAAAUGGUGAAGGGAAAGAUUGUGUAUUGUGUGGGAAAAAAUGAACAAGAUAUCACAUUGUACAACAAACGAGUGGCCGGAUUAAUUUUGUCACGAGAUAAGGACUAUGAUCUACCUUCUACGUUUCUCAUCCCAGGAACCACAGUAAGUCAGGAGGAGGGUUUAAAUAUCGAUCACUACAUCAACUCCACCAAAAAGUCUGCCGCCGCCGUCAUACAAAAAACAAGAUCCAUUACGAUGGAUGAUGUGCCAUUUGUCACGUCUUUCUCUUCAAGAGGACCACAGCUUAUAACUCCCAACAUCCUUAAGCCUGAUAUCGCUGCACCAGGACUCGGCAUAUUGGCUGCGUACUCAAAACUAUCAAGCAUGACCGGACACCCAGACAUGGACAAACGGUUUGUGGAUUACAAAAUAGCAUCUGGAACUUCAAUGGCUUGCCCUCAUUUGGCCGCAGCUGCAGCCUAUGUUAAAUCCUUUCACCCCACUUGGUCGCCAGCUGCAAUAAAAUCAGCUCUAAUGACAACUGCAACAACAAUGAAAGUGAACACAAAAGACAUGGCAUUGGCAUCGGGCUCGGGUCUUAUAAACCCAACCAAAGCACGAAGCCCUGGUCUCGUUUACGACAUCAACACGAGUGCCUACAUUCGGUUCCUAUGCAAAGUAGGCUACAACAGCACAACUCUUGCCAUACUGAUUGGUGGAAAGAAAACAUACCAUUGCAACAACUUUAAACCAACAAAAGGUGUUGAUGGCCUUAACUAUCCAUCAAUACAUUUGCAGGUUGAAAGCAAUGUCACAACCUUUUCUGUGGUCUUUAAACGGGUUGUAAAGAACGUAGGCGAUGAAAAAGUUACCUACAAAGCCCAGGUGGCGAGUCCUAAGGGACUUUCGAUCAAGGUUGAGCCGAGUAAGCUAUCCUUUGACAAGUUAAACAAGAAAAGAGCGUUUACGGUUGUUGUGGAGGGGAAGUUUGAUCGAAAGGAUGCGUCUUUGUUGUCAGGAUCACUUGUUUGGAAGAAUGAUAAGCAUUCUGUAGUAAGCCCGGUUGUUGUAUACAGGUAUAUACCUCCAAUAUGGUAGUAUAACGAGGUGUAGGAGCAAAGUACGUAGAAUUCUAUCUUUUGAUUAUAAUCAAUCUUGAGUUCUUGACUGAUAAAUUUGAGAUGUAAUAGUGAUGAAAGUGCCAAUGUUUAUCUGCGUUGAAUUUAUUA